AUGCUGCAAGCUAGAGAUGAAAUGGAACAUGGUAUUUGGUGGGAACCCAAGAAUGAAUCUUCUUCAAUUUGGUUUGAUAAUUGGUCUAAGAUAGGUGCUUUGCAUGAUCUGAUACCUAAUCAUUAUCAGAAUGAAGGUUUAGGAGAUGAGCUUGAAGAGUUGAUGAGUGAAAAUCAAUGGAACUAUGCAAAGCUACAAGAGGUGUUACCAGUAGAUAUUGUUAAUCAUGUUAGAAUGGAACUGGCACAUUUUAUGAGAACAAAUGAGAUAGAUAAGACAUGGUGGAUGUUCACAAGUUCUGGUAAGUUUACAGUUAAAAGUGCAUGGGAGGAGUUGAGAAAUAGAAAGCAGAUAUCAACUGUUUGUGACAAAUUAUGGAUUAAAGGCUUGCCAUACAAAAUCUCAUUUUUCCUAUGGAGAGUUUGGUAUUGGAAUUUACCUAUAGAUGAAGUGUUGAUGAGAAUGAGAAUCAGCAUAGUCUCAAGGUGUUGGUGUUCUCAGAAUCAGCAGGAAACCAUGGAUCAUAUUUUCAUUACAGGUCCUUUUGCAACUAUAAUAUGGCAUUAUUUCUCAAUUGGAGCAGGUGUCUUGGGCCCUUUCCUACAGGUUAAGCAGACAAUCUUGUGUUGGUGGAACUUUCAAACUACUGCAAGAUUGAAGCCUCUAUAUCAAGCAAUUCCUGCAUUGGUUUUAUGGCAAAUUUGGAAGAGCAGGAACACUAGAAGGCAUGGAGGGGCUGUUUCUCAGAACAAGGUCAUACAUGAGGUCAACAGGAACAUAUAUAUGCUAGCAAAGAAGAGAUAUCCUUGGCUGCAGAACAUGCCUAAAUGGUGGCCUAGGAUAGUUGAAUUACUAGAGAACUACAGGCUGCCAUUAAUAUAUAAACAGGUUAAGUGGACAUUUCCAGAUAGAGGAUGCUUCAAAUGCAACACUAAUGGUGCUUCUAAAGGGAAUCCAGGACCAAGUUCAGCAGCCUUUUGUAUUAGAGAUAGUUCAGCAGAGUUUAUAUAUGCUAUGGCAAGGAUAUUAACUGAGACAACUAAUCUAGUUGCUGAAGCUGUGGCCAUUUAG